UCCCUACUUGCCCAAAUGGUCGAAACCAACUCCCCGCCGGCGGGCUACACGCUCAAGCGAUCCCCCAGCGAUCUUGCCGAGCAGCAGCAGCCACCGCGUCAAAUCUCCCGAAGUCCCGGCAAUUCGGCUGCCUAUCACCUGACCACCGCCAUGCUCCUAAACUCACAGCAAUGCGGCUACCUGGGCCAGCGAUUGCAGUCGGUGCUCCAGCAGCAACAGCAUGCCCAUCAUCAGCACCACCAGCAGAGCCAGAGCCAAACGCCGUCCUCCGACGAUGGCAGUCAAUCAGGAGUCACUAUUCUCGAGGACGAUAGGAGAGCAGGAGGAGCAGGAGGAGCUGCUUCGGCAGCCGCCGCCUCGCUCUUUACCAUCGACAGCAUCCUGGGAUCCCGGCAAGCGGGAACCACGGCGAACCAGAGCAGCAACCACAACCACAACAACAGCAGCAGCAACGGCGGACUACCCAAUGGACUGACCUCCAAUGGCAUCAGUCUGGGACUGAAGCGCAAUGGAGCCGAGUCCCCCGCCUCGCCCAACUCCAACUCUAGUUCCAGCGCUGCCGCCAGUCCCAUUCGACCGCAGAGGGUUCCUGCCAUGCUGCAGCAUCCCGGCCUGCAUCUGGGUCACCUGGCGGCGGCAGCGGCGAGCGGUUUUGCCGCAUCGCCCUCCGAUUUUCUGGUGGCCUACCCCAACUUUUAUCCCAACUACAUGCACGCGGCUGCUGUGGCCCAUGUGGCCGCCGCUCAAAUGCAGGCGCACGUUAGCGGAGCAGCCGCCGCGGGAUUGGCGGCCGGCCAUGGCCACCACCCACAUCACCCGCACGCCCAUCCCCACCAUCCGCAUCUGGGAGCGCAUCACCACGGACACGGACAGCACCAUCAUUUGGGGCAUUUGGGCCAUGGGCCGCCGCCAAAGAGGAAGCGUCGCCAUCGCACCAUCUUCACGGAGGAGCAGCUGGAGCAAUUGGAGGCCACCUUCGAUAAGACCCAUUAUCCGGAUGUGGUGCUAAGGGAGCAGUUGGCUUUGAAGGUGGAUCUCAAAGAGGAGCGUGUGGAGGUGUGGUUCAAGAACCGUCGGGCCAAGUGGCGCAAACAGAAACGUGAGGAGCAGGAGCGCCUCCGGAAAUUGCAGGAGGAGCAAUGCGGCAGCACCACCAACGGCAGCACGAACAACAACAAUAAUGGCGGCGGGGGUACGGGCACACCCAGCUCCACCGGAAGCGGAAACGUAGCCAUCAAGUGCCCGAGCUCCGAACACUAUGCCACGCAAUUAGUGCACAUCAAGAGCGAUCCCAAUGGCUAUAGCGAUGCCGACGAGUCCUCCGAUCUGGAAGUGGCCUAAAAAAUGGGGCAUGGCAACUGUAUAUAUAGAGAAAGGAUAGUAAUAAGUUAAGGGCCAAUUUUGAUGAAGAUUUGACCAUUUUCAUUUUAUUUAAUGUCUUAAAAACAAAAGUCCUUGUAUCAAAAUUUUCUUAUAAACUAAGUUAUAUUUA